GCGUGUGUGGCCGCGCAGGACGGACCUGGUGCUGGGACGCCGCAGUGUGGGACUUUGCAUUUCGACCUUCUUCUAGGCUGAGGCGUAGCUUUUUUUCCCAGUUCCUCUCCUUCCCCCUCCAUCACCAAACACUUCGGUUGCUUAGGACGGCAAUAGGCAUAUUGUCUAGGCAAUCAUGCAGAUCUUCGUGAAGACCCUCACGGGCAAGACUAUCACCCUUGAGGUGGAGUCGUCCGACACCAUCGACAACGUCAAGUCCAAGAUUCAGGACAAGGAGGGCAUCCCUCCGGACCAGCAGCGCCUCAUCUUCGCCGGCAAGCAGCUCGAGGAUGGCCGCACCCUCUCCGACUACAACAUCCAGAAGGAGAGCACCCUCCACCUCGUGCUGAGGCUGCGUGGUGGCGGCAAGAAGCGCAAGAAGAAGGUCUACACCACCCCCAAGAAGAUCAAGCACAAGCGCAAGAAGACCAAGUUGGCCGUCCUCAAGUACUACAAGGUCGACGGCGAUGGCAAGAUCGAGCGCCUCCGCCGCGAGUGCCCCAACGACACUUGCGGUGCCGGUGUCUUCAUGGCUGCCAUGCAGGACCGCCAGUACUGCGGCCGCUGCCACCUCACCUACGUCUUCGACAAGCAGUAAAUGCGCUCUUGUCUCGAGACAUCUGUGAGAUUGGUCCGGACGAUAACGGGUAGUGAGAACACGGGCACGGAUACUGCAUGGGAAAAGGACAAUGACUGGCGAUCGAGGACGUGUUGUCCAAAAGAUAGUUUUGCCGUGUAGUAGAACGAGAGCAUCUCCCCCUUCGCGGGAGACAGCUUUGCAAUGAAAAAGACCGAUCCGUGAUCGGAUUACCCGCA